AUGUUACCAUUGAUACCAAUGUAUCGAUCUUUAUCAUUUUCUCGAUCAUUCAUGUUGACCGGAUGGCAUUAUGCAUUUUCUAUUCAACAUUAUUCAUCAUCAAUCCGUCCACCAACACCUCCAUAUUCGGGUCCAUCAACGAAAAAAUCCGGUGCAAUCAUUCAAACAUUUGAUGCGAUGAUUGAUUUUCGACGUCAACAAGCAAGACGAACAGUGGUUAUUCAUCUUGGUCGAAGUCAUUCCGAAUCGGAGUUGUACAAAUUAUGUUCACGAGUUGGUCAGAUUACAAAUAUGACACUUUAUACAGCUAACAAAAAGGAAUGUGCUUUACUCGAAUUUUCCACUGAACAAAGUGUCAAAAAUCUUCUAGAGAUUACAAGUCAUUUUAUUAAUGAAAAUCGAUUACCAUGUGCAUCACGAAAUCUUUAUUUUGCAUCUCAAUAUACAGGUGCACGAUUAAAAUAUCCACCUGUUGGUCGUGAAGUUCAACAACUUGAUGAUACAUUUAUUGAUAAAGCUUUAAAUGAUAUUCGUAACGUAAGUGAUCAAAUUCGUUAUUUUUGGCAAAAGACAAAACUCACUGAACUUGAUACUCGUCUACGUUUUUUUGUUGCUUCACUUGUUGAAGAAGGAUUAAGAAGUAUUUUUGUUGAUACUGUUUGUCUUCCAUUCGGUUCAUCUGUAAAUACUUUUGGAAAAACUCGUUGUGAUCUUGAUAUGUUAUUAUCUUUUGAAGAUUUUCGAGAUAAAAAUAUAAAAUAUGAUGGAAAAAUGCAACAACUUCGCUUUUUAACAAAACGUAGCUAUUUGAAUGAUCGAUUUCAAGCACAAGCUUAUCUCAAAAUUCUUGCUGAUACAUUAAAACAUUUCAUGGCUGAAUGUACUAAUGUACAAAUAAUUCUUCCAGCACGUGUACCCAUUGUACGUUUUCAACAUCGAUUAUCUGAUCUUCAAUGUGAUGUAUCAAUGAGUGAAUUUAAAUCUUCAUAUUAUAUGUCAAAGUUAUUAUGGAGUUUAAGUUCAAUUGAUAGUCGUGUUGCACCACUUGUUUUUGUUAUUCGUCGUUGGGCACGUGAAGCUUCUAUAACACAGAGUACACCUGGACCAUGGUUUUCAAAUUUUCAAAUGACAUUACUUGUUCUUUUCUAUCUUCAAUCAAUUGAAAUUUUGCCUAAACUUAAUUAUAUUAAUGAACAAUUCGCUACAGCAUCAUCAUCAUCAUCUCCAGAUGUAACUUCAGCCAAUGGUGAUCUCAGUGAUAAUUUAAUUCUUAUGAAUGAACUUGAAAAUAUUCGUCGUUUUCAUCCAAAUAAAUCUAAUAAUGAUUCUCUUGCUAUUCUCUUCAAAGGAUUUUUUUCAUUUUAUGAAAAUUUUGAUUUUCAAUCAUCUGUAAUAACAUUACUUGAACGUCAAAAUACAUCAAAAUCAUCAUUGAUUCAAGCUGGUAAAGAUAAAGAAUGGCCAAUAUAUCUUGAAAAUCCACUUGUACCAUCAAUGAAUGCAUCAAAAAAUCUUGUUGAAUCUGAAGGUGAACGAUUUCGUCAAACAUGUUCAAAAGCAUCACAAAUAUUAUCACAAUCAUCUAAAAAUCUUUUAUCAUUAUUUGAAGAAUGUCGACAAUCAUUACCUGAUGAUCUUGUUGCACGUGCCUAUCCAGCACCUAUAUCAAUAAUGCCUAAUUUAGAAACAGAUAUUGAUCAAGAAGAAUUAUCAACCAUAAGAGAUAUGCAACAAGAACAAGUCGAACAAAUAUUUGAUCAUACUGAUCAUCAUGUUAUUAAUUCAUGA